UGAUUACCAAGGAUUUAAUCACCUGUUGAUCAUUCCUAGCGAGUCCAUCCAUGAUGGGAAAUCUAAUCUGGGCAUGUCCGUCCCGUUGCCAAAGACAACUGUAAAGUUGUUUAUAUCAUAUUGAUGAAACGUAUUUUUGACGAAGGUUUCUCAAUUUCAUCAAUUAUUACAAAGUUUCCCAAAAAAUGACAGCCAAAGCCACCACGAUCAAGGAGGCCCUCAAACGGCUUGAAGAUCGAACGAAGACCAACUCUUGCGACGAUAAAGAAAUCGAUCUGUGCUUUCAGUGGCCUCCGAUAGAGAAGAUGGACACUACGUUGUCUACGUUGAUUACCUGCGAAAAACUGUCGCUUUCCACCAACAUGAUAGAUAAAAUUUUCGGCCUUAGUGGAAUGAAGAACCUUCGGGUGCUGUCGCUUGGCAGAAACUACAUAAAAGCCAUAUCGGGCCUGGAAGGCGUUAGUGACACCCUCGAGGAGCUUUGGAUCAGUUACAACCUGGUUGAGAAACUGAAGGGUAUCAAUGUGCUCAAAAAGCUCAAGGUGCUGUACAUGAGCAACAACCUGGUGAAGGAUUGGGUCGAAUUCAACCGGUUGGCCGAUUUGCCUAUUCUGGAGGAUUUGCUGUUCGCCGGUAACCCAUUGGUGGAGUCCAUGGAGGAAAGCGUUUGGCGUGCUGAAGCUAGCAAACGGCUACUGUCCUUGAGGAAGCUCGACGGCGAGACAGUGAUUCGGGAGGAAAGCGAAGCACAGCCGGCACAGCAACCAGCGGGUCAACCAAUAAAAUCCGAAUAAAAUAAUCCAAAUCUUAUGCCCUCAAUGUGAACAAUUCUAGACAAAGUUUGUGCCUUUUCUAGCUGGAAUACUUUGGUUGGUAUGAUUGGUGUUCCGUUCCGUUCCUAGGGCACCAUUGCUCCGUCCUUUGGUUUUUGUGGUUCAAAAUUCAGUCCACUUAUAGGUAGGUGAGACUUUUAUUUAAAAAAUUAACGUCCAGGUGGAAGAUCAAUGGUACAACAUCAUUACCUAAAUUUACAAAAAAAAUGUUGUCUUUCCAUUUACAAACAGAUACGGUUGGAACCCGACCAGAAACGACGACCUCGAUAACAGCAGCUGGUCUGGUAUGAACUUGGUGUGCAUGAGAGU